AUGUCUGCUCCAAACCCAAAAGCUUUCCCAUUGGCUGACUCUGGCUUGUCCCAACAAAUCUUGGAUGUUAUCCAACAAGCUCAAAACUUGAGACAAUUGAAGAAGGGUGCUAACGAAGCCACCAAGACUUUGAACAGAGGUAUCUCUGAAUUCAUCGUCAUGGCUGCCGAUGCUGAACCUAUUGAAAUCUUGUUGCACUUGCCUUUGUUGUGUGAAGACAAGAAUGUUCCAUACGUUUUCGUUCCAUCCAAGACUGCCUUAGGUAGAGCCUGUGGUGUUUCCAGACCAGUCAUUUCUGCUUCUGUCACCACCAACGACAGCUCUUCCAUCAAAAACCAAAUCUACGCCAUCAAGGACAAGAUUGAAACCCUUUUGAUCUAA